AUGUCUCAUGAGUAUGAGAAAAUAAAGCUGAACACAAACACACCACAAUCCACUUCAGCACCACCGGCAACUAACCAUAAUGCAGCGGCUGAAGAUUGGCCGGUUUUGGAGGGUAGUUUUGUCAAGGACUCUGGCCAUUCAAAGCAGCUAUUUUCCGAACCCCAGCAUACUAUACAAGGCAAGUGUUUUGGUUUUUUACUGACUAUACAAUGUGUGGUGAAAGUGUCGAGUUACGGUAUAUGCGUAACCAAGUUUCUGCCCUCCAACUUUAUCAAAAAUCAACUAUUGGCCGAACUAAUCCAUUAUCCAAAUAGAUCGGGCUUUAAGAAACCUGCUCAACAAGCAACCCAAACUGCUCAAGUACCGGAAAGUAUUGACACACAGGCACACAGACGGAUGCCGCCCGACUUUUUGGCUUCAUUUACAAGCCCUACUACUAAAAGACGGAUGGAUUCUGUAUGCCGUCAUCAAAUACCACGUUUCCUACGCACUGGAAUAACUCUGCUUGUCAUUUGCAUAACUUCCUAUACUCUUUGUAUUGUUCAGCAUCCGUUACAGGCAAGAAUGAGCGGCUAUAGCAUCAGAGACCGACGACCGUUGGACCCAACACCCAUAGUACAAGUAGUAGUACCAGAUGAUAUCUCGGAUUUACAAAGUUUUGAAGAUUCACCAUUUUUGGUUGCACAAGCAUCGUUAUGGAAACCAGAUAUGCAUACAGAGCUGUGUACUGCAGCCUCUGCGCCAGUUAGUGACUUGGUAGCCGGUACCGCACCAGCUCCAGACCUCCCACCAAAAUCUAGAAAUAGUCAGAUCCUUCUUGGUUCUAUUGUUGUAGCAUGCCAGCUUUUGACAAAUAUCGCUGGCGAGCGUGGCCUUUACUUUGUAUUUACAGAUUUGAGUAUAAGAACCUCGGGAUUUUUUCGGUUACAAAUCUCGCUAUAUGAUUUAAGAAGAGCAACACCAAGAAUGCGACCUGUAUAUGAGAUAUUUAGUAACGAAUUCCAAGUCUUUACUCCAAAGGCAUUUCCAGGAAUGUCAGGAUAUCAAACACCAUAUUUAUCUAGUUUCUUUCAAUACUACCUCUUUACAUCUCUUUGUUUUAAUGCAGAGACUACUUUGCUUUGCAAACACUUUAUUAGACAGGGUGUAAGAAUUCAUACACGUAGCGACCAGAAGUAG